CUGCUGCGCUCCGCGGACAGACCCAACAUCGGGGCCAGUCCCCCCGGGGAGGGCAAAACCCGCCUGACUGUGGCGUCCCUGCACAGCUCUCAGCUGCGCUGCGCACUCUCCACACACCCCAACUGUGUCUGCAUACCCUUCCCUCUCCCCAGACCGUCUGAGCAGGUGAGCCCCCGUGAGAGGUCAGGAUCCUCAUCUCCACUGCUUUCUGGUUCACUAACUCGAUACUUUGGUUCGGAGCUUUCAGCAGCGGCAGUAGCAGCUCGUUUCAGAGCUAAGAUAUCUAGGCUCAGGGCUUCCCCGGUUUCCGAAUCACUCAGUACAUCCUCCUCAUCACCCACCAUACUGUGGGAAGGCCUACUCGGCAGUCUAUCUUCACUAAACCAUAGGCUUCGUCUGCUGGAUGAGGUCGCCAGGAUGUUCAUUUCAUCCCACUUCUGGGACCUUUUACUCAGCUCUUGUCAACACUUGCCGGGAUGUUCGGCCGAGGCCGCCACAGAGGAGGUCGUAGAGCUCUUGUUCCUCAGGAUCCCCUCCAUAGGCCGCUGCGAGGCCGUGGAGGCCGCCAUCGCCCGCGGCUCCGCGUCGCUCUUCGCGUCGCUAUUCCGCGUCACUGUUCGGCGCCGCCCGUAG